UGGAGACCAAAAGCUGCUAGAGAUCAGCGUAGCUUUUAUCAGACAACAGAAGAUUUUGGUGGAUGAUGUGUGUGUGAUAAAGUUGUGUGUAAAAAUAAAAACGUGGAAAACGUCGAAAUAAUAACAAACGAAAAAUAUGUGUGCUGUACCAAAUAAUAUGCAGUACAAUUUCAAUAAUAAUAAUUCGCAAAAUAAUGCUGAUACAAAUUCAAAUGGCUCUAAAAGUUUGUUGGAUAAAGAAAAAUGUGAGAAAAUCAAGCGUUUCAUAUUGAUUGGUGUGCUGGCUGUGCUGGGCAUUGUCGGCUGGCACAUCUAUGAGUACUUCUAUGCGGGAAAGGGUGGUAGUAGCGAUGCGGAAACUUUUGUUGAACACGAGAUUCUUGAUCUCACGCAGCGCCUAUUCGCCGACGAGGUGCGUCAGAACAACUAUCAGAUUGAUGUGAAUUUUCAAGGCAAGACUAAAUCGUUUGAGCGCGAUGAUCAUGCCGCUCAGCCACUACUAAAAAUGGACAAUGCACACUUUUCAUCCGAUCCCUCGUCCACCAUCGUUUUGCUGCGUCGCCUCUUCGAUAACUAUUUACUCAAUGUGCACGCAGUCGAAGAAACCACACCCGAGCAAGCGCAGGAGGAGUUGGAUUUUCUAAAUGCGGUGCUGAAAACAUCGAUUAUGAAGCACACAAUGAGAUUUCUGCAGCAAAAAGGCCUAGUUUCCUCAGAUUACAAAGACCAAAUUCAAUUGCUCAAAGACCUUUGGUUUACACAGUACUCUCGGUUUAAGGGACGCAUGGGCAGUUCCGGUUUUGAGCACGUCUUCCUCGCCGAACUGCGUGAGGAUUCAGUUUUGGGUCUACACAAUUGGAUAUAUUUUCAUGAACAGGAGCAGCAAGGAAAUUUGGACUACAAAGGAUUCAUCGACAAAAUACAUUUGGAUAAGGUUAUGAUAAAAGAUUUUCCUAGCGAGUGCAUAUAUGAUUAAGAGCCAGUUUUUCACUGCAAAUUUAACUCUGCUUAUAAUUAGUUUAAAAAUUAACCACAGUUGAACUAGCACUGGAAGACUGGACCUAAGUUGAGAGUCAGUAUACAUUGAUAUGCGUUUACUUGCUAAACUUAAACUCACCACCGUUUAACAAGUACCGAAGAACGGAUAAGGACAAGAAAAUGAGCCUGUACUAGCCUGUGAUAGAUUUACCUACUUUGCUCUUUAAAUAUGGUGAACAGGAGAAUUGUGAGGGAAAUUUCAGCUGCCAAGUCAAUUGGGAGAUUCAGCAGAAUUCUGCACGUUCAUUUCACAUGUAUUCACACACUCCGUCGGUGUUCAGAAGGCAACGAAGUGUUGGUUAAUUUUUGUGUUGAUAUCACCAACACAAUCUCAGUUUUUUUGUAAACACACCUCAAGUGACUUCAGCCCAUUAGAUGAUUCUGUGAAAUUCGCUCAGAGCCGAAUAACAAUCUGUUAAAGUGCCCCCCUUAAAAUAUUUUCUCCAUGACUCGGGUAAGAAAUUUUGUCACCAAAAUACUAAUUAGAAACUAUUAAUUUUAUGCGUGGUGAAAUAUUCUAUAAAAGCUUGGCUAGACUUAUGAACCAGCCACGAUUCGUUACCUAAACUCACCUAUCUUAUUUCAUCACGCAAAAAACCAUUCAGCGCCGUUCUCGAUUCUUGUGAGAACCAAAUUAUAUUUGCGCCAUGAAAUAAACUAGGAGAGUUUAAAUAGCGGAAAGUGCUCGAACUCCCAAUAUUUGUUUUUAUACUUUAGUUGCUUCUACUUAAUAUCAGAAUUUCCCCCCAUAAUGGUUAGUUGUGAAAUACAAAGGAAAACAGCUGAUAAAAAGCCCAUAUUCUUACCUUAUAAACCCAUCAGAUAGCCUGACCUAGCUAGCCAGUGAAGAAACGACCAAAACAAUUUAGUAUAUUGAACCUUUUUUCAUCAAUUUCUAGCCAGAAGCGUCUUGUCACUUGACAGGUGGGUGCCGUCACCCAACUGAUAUUUUCCUCUUCGAUGUAAAUCGAACCUAGCUGGUAUUAACAUAAAAGUAAGAACGGGGCAGAGUUUGAAAUAAAUAUUUCCAUGCCUUUCCCUCUCUAGUUCAUCCGCAAAACAGUUCCCAGGGACUCGUCUGUCAACAGAGGCCCAUAGUUUUAGUUCAAUCCACAAUUGUUUUCAAUAGCUACCUUCUAAGAGGCACCGUUUGAUUUUGAUUGAUUGUAAUUUGUUGUCGCCGUCCUAAUGGAAACUUUCAGAUUCUUAAUAAUGGUCUUCCCCUUUAUUCUUAAGGGUCAUCUAUACUGUUCUGUUCUAUCUGAAACUAUUAGUUCAAUUUCUGCUCUGCCUAGGCUUUUUAGGUGGGGUUAGGUUAUGGUGGUAGUCGGUCUGCACGACUAGCUCACUUAGACCCUACAGGUCCGUUGUGAAACCACUGCGCGACACGGGUACCUCAUUUAUUUUUCUUCGUGGAACCAUUUCUGGCUCUUAUGAAGAGCAAGAUUGGUUCAAUCCCCACGUCAGACAGUUCCGUAAGAGAAUUGAAAAAUUUUCCUAGAAAACGUGCUCUGAUUUGAGGCUGGACAAUUGCAAUACCUACCAAAUAGCCAAUACCUACCAAAUAGCCAAUAACCAACCGGUUAUACAAGCCACGACCUUAGAGAUAUCCUCUCUGCAGAGGCUUGGCAGUUCCGUUGUGUUUUUCUUGUUUAUUUGCGGCCACAGUAGCCUCCAUGACCUAUUGGCCUCUGGGAUAAUGUUGUUUUUGAUUAUUAGUUUACUCGUGACCAUAGAUAUCCCAAUCGCUCUUUUAUCACUGAGCAGUUGAAGAGUAGUGCUUUUCCUGGCUAGCUCAUCGGCUUUACAAUUUCCCUCAACAUCCCUGUGCCCGAAACCCAAAUAAAUCUGACCUUGAAUACGACAUUAAUAUCAUUAAGGGCUGCCUGGCAUUCCUGUGCAAUAUUUGAUCUUAGCAUAGCCGUAUUCAUUCAUUUAAUGACCACCUGACUAUCCGAGAAUAUAUUUAUAGCAGCUUUUGUUACGGCAUGCGUACUUAGAUAUGAAGCUACUUCUUGUAUAGCCAGAACUUCUGUCUGAUAGUCGCUGCAGUAGUCUGGUAAUCGAACGGAUAGUUCAAGUUCUAAUUCCUUUGAAAAUACUCCAUAGCCAAUCUUAUCGUCUAGCUUGGAACCAUCUGUACUUCGGUGUCUGCCACUCUGUUCCCGACGGUAUACUCGUCUUGAAGAGUCUGUCGAAGGUGAGUCUAGGAACAGAAUAGUCUAUUUCUUGCUUGUGACUUUUCAAAGUGUGCACAAUAGAGGCGCGGCCAAUCCACCGGUCUUUUCAUAGCGCCAUACUUUUAGGCCUAAACCACAUUGCAUUUUAAACACAAAAAUAUUUCCUUGUUUAAAGUUGUACCUUGCAGAAUCUCUUGAUACUCAAUCAGGGGCUAUCAAUUGUAAUACUUAGUAGGAAGUAGCAAGACGAAAUCAACUCUCCCUUCUUAUAGCAUUUUCUCGUUGAAAAAAUAACAGCUCGACCUCUCACUUUGAAUUUGAUUAUUAUUCAAUUAUUCAAUUACACAUUCCACAAUCAUG